AUGGAAGCAGAGCAGAUGGCUGCCAUGCAGGAGCGAGCUGCCUUGGCAGUCGGUGAGUUCGCAUUGGCCGAGGGCACUGGGCAGGCUCCACGCGAUGGCGAGCUUGCCGACGAGGUUGUACUGCUGCUGAGCAGAGAGCACCGGGGUGCAGCAGCAGAGCUGCUGAUGGAACAAGUCGUUGCUACUGCACGCGGCGAGUCUGGGCAGUUCACCAAAAGCUUCGGGCAAUUGGCCGCUCUCUUAAAGCGUGCCCAGGAGGAUGCCAUCUUUACGCCAUGGAGCGCUGAUCGCUGGAACAGGCUGCUGCGCGUGGUUGGGAGGCAGCAGAAUUUGCCUGCAGUCGAGCAGGUCUUGGACUAUAUGUCCCAGUUUCAGGUCACAGGUGACCAGGAAACGGAUGCAGUCAUGGCUGAGCUGGCUGUCGCAUCUGUGGAGAUGGUCCAUCAGGCAGCUGGCCCGUGUGAGCUCGACCUUGGAAGGUGCCACGCUCCCCAGGUCUUCUUCCUGGGUGGCUGCGCCCUUUCUCAAGGCCCUGACCGAACUAACAUCGCGGACGCCAUUGUGUCCACCAUUCCGAGACGCAGGAUCCAAGAUGAGAUUGCCUCCGUGAACAAGGAGAACACUCGCAGGACUCGAGGCAAGACCUCACGGUCUCCAGCUCGGCCUCCGGCAAAUGCCCCUCUCGCCAGCUUGUUGAACAUCAACGGAGCUACGGAAGGUCAGGAGGUCCAGGCUUCCAUGCCAGUGACCCUGGUGUCCAUACCGGCGAUACAGAGGCCGUCGGUGCCAACUGUGGAGAAGGAGCUUGUGGCCUCCCAGCCUGCCGCGGUGAGCGCCGCGCGUGGAGGAGCCUGGGGAUCAACCCUUGAGGCUGAAGAGGACGUGAAGUCACAGGCUGGCAAUUGGCGAAACGAGGUCUGCAAGUUCCUCUCCGAGCCCAGACAGAAUCCUCUGGGAGGUGUUUUUCACAUUGUAGAUGCUCGCGACUUCGUGCAGAAACUCAGUGCAGAGGUGCCGAGCUACUGCAGACCCGGCGAGGAGGUUCUCAUCAAUCGAAGGCUGGAGACGGUCUUGUCAUCCAAGUCGACGUGGCUUCCAGCUGAUGAUUGCCUUGUGCAGGAAGCAGCCCUGCGCGCACGACCAAAGCGAUACGUACUGGUUGUUGCAGACUGCGCAGAGCUGAGUUUGGGUGGAUCGCGAAGUUUCCGUCAUCAAUUCUAUGUGAUGCCCUUCGUUGCCCAGCAGCGCAGGGCUUUCCUGCGAGAGUGA